UUUCAAAUUUUUUUUUUUUGUUGUUCUUUGCUUGACUUCUCAUUUCUCACAGACAUAGAGAUCUUAACGGCUAGCUCCGAUCGUCUUCCUUCCAUCUUUUUAUUAUAUCUAUCUAUAAUCAAAUAUCCAAUUGAUGCCCUGCUCCACGUUCCGCUCUAUUUUGUUUUCGUCCAUCUUCUUUUUCCCCCAGUUUGUCUGGGUUCCAUUAGUUUAUUGCGCGGCGAAAGGGAAGGGGGAGGUAGAGCGACAGAACAGAACAGAACGUGCAUCUCCCUUCCAUGGCCACACUACUGAUGAUUUGAUCCACUGGAAAAGGGGAAAAAAAGGCUCCUCCCUCUUUGUAUACACAUAUACCCUUUUGAUCUGGGAUCCCUCCAGCAACUUUUGCUGCUCUUUUUAGCUUCACAAUAAGCUUUCAGUCAGUGUACUGUAACGAUUGACAGAGAGAAGAAAGCAGGAGAUUGAGAAAAAGAGAGUUGCCCAAUUUCUCGAUCCUCCUUUUACUUUUGCUACUGAGAUGGGCAGCCAGUGUUCCACGCUUCUCCCGCCGUGUUGCAGUGAGUCACAGUCCAAAGCAGCGGUUCUUGAAGUUGCUGAUGCUGGGAAUGUAGAGGAGAAUGGAGCUGAUUACUGGCCUGCUUUCAGGGAGUUCACAUUCGAGCAACUCAAGAACGCCUCCUCCGGCUUCGCUGGAGAAAACAUCGUUUCUGAACAUGGAGAGAAGGCUCCAAACGUUGUCUACAAAGGGAAGCUUGAAAACCAGACCAAAAUUGCUAUCAAGCGCUUCAACAGGAUGGCCUGGGCUGAUGCUCGCCAAUUUGUGGAAGAGGCAAGAUCUGUUGGGCAGCUCCGCAGCCAUAGACUGGCGAAUUUGGUUGGUUACUGUUGUGAAGGUGAUGAAAGGAUACUCGUUGCAGAAUUCAUGCCAAACGAUACACUAGCAAAGCAUCUUUUCCAUUGGGAAGCACAGCCUAUGAAGUGGGCAAUGCGGUUGAGGGUUGUUCUCCACCUUGCAGAAGCUCUAGAGUACUGCACAAGCAAAGGGCGUACGCUUUAUCACGAUCUUAACGCCUACAGAAUUUUGUUUGAUGGGGAUGCUAAUCCAAGACUAUCAACCUUUGGUUUGAUGAAGAACAGCCGGGAUGGCAAAAGUUACAGUACUAACCUGGCAUUUACACCCCCUGAAUAUCUGAGAACAGGGAGGAUUAUGCCAGAGAGUGUCAUAUAUAGCUUUGGCACUCUUUUGCUUGACCUUCUCAGCGGAAAGCAUAUUCCCCCAAGCCAUGCUCUCGACUUAAUACGCGACAGGAAUCUUCAAAUGUUAACUGAUUCUUGCUUGGAAGGGCAAUUCUCCAACGACGAUGGCACAGAGUUGGUGCGUUUGGCUUCUCGAUGUCUACAAUCUGAACUCCGAGAACGACCCAGCCUCAAAGUAUUAGUCCCUGCUUUGAUUCGUCUCCAGAAGGAAACAGAUGUUCCUUCUCAUGUCUUGAUGGGUAUGCCAAGCAGUGAAUCAGUGUCUCCUUUAUCCUCAUUUGGUGAUGCUUGCUCUAGAAAAGACCUGACAGCUGUUCAUGAGAUCUUCGAUAAGCUUGGCUACAAAGAUGACGAAGGAGUGACUAACGAGCUCUCUUUCCAUCUUUGGACUGAUGAAAUGCAAGAAACUUUAAACACAAAGAAGAAGGGCGAUGCAGCUUUUAAGCAGAAGGUUUUCAAGGAAGCAAUCGACUGUUAUACACAGUUUGUUGAUGCUGGAACCAUGGUUUCUCCAACUUUGUAUGCAAGGCGUAGCCUGUGUUAUCUCAUGACCGACAGGCCUCAAGAAGCUCUAGGCGAUGCCAUACAAGCCCAAAUCAUUUCUCCUGUAUGGCAUGUUGCCUCCUAUCUUCAAGGCAUCGCACUUGAUGCGCUUGGAAGAGAAAAUGAAGCUCAGAUGGCACUGAAAGAGGGCACAAGUCUUGAAGCUUUAAGAGUUCAAAAUUCUGAACAGAAGUGAUGAAAGCUCAUGGUGUGGUUUGUGUGAUCUAAUGUAUCUUCUCAACUCUUGCUUCCUUCUCAAGGCAAGUCUGAAAAUAUGGAAGGCCCGUACUGCAGGUUCCACUGAAGUUAUUUGCUCGAGCUGCCUUGUUCUUUCCUGCUGUUUUGUCUGGUCCAUUGUGUGUUCUUUGUAUUGAAUUUCAGAGAGAAAUAUGUUAUUUGUUUAUCUUAUUUUUUGGUAAGAAAGUGGGAGAUGGAAACAGCAACAAACACGAAAUUAAAGAGCUGCAGGUUUGUAUGAGAAGGUUGUAAUUCCGUAGCCCCCACACAAAAAUAGUAAAAGGGAUUUGACUAUUGAAAGAUUUCAAACCCUCUUGAGGUUCCAAGUUAGUCAUGUAAAACUAACUACAACAAUACACUACAGACGAAUCACAAAAUUUUACAAUGUGCCAAGAGAUCUCUAAGGAGCCAUUUUCAACCAUACAAAGGAACAACAAUGGGUCAUUCGGAUCCGUUAGCAAACACUCCAUCUGUCCAUCGCGCGAGUAUACACUGCACAUGAGUUGGAUCGGAUCAUGGUGCAGCAGCAGCUGCUGCUAACCGAGCAGCUCGAAAUGAUUCUUUCGUUCUUCCGUAGUAGACCGGUUCGCUGCAACCAGGGUGAGUAAUGAAGUUCCAGCCGAAAGCCGAUGAUCCAACAAGUUGAUUCUGGUAGUUUUCGGGCCUUUCGGUGACUACAACCUUGUUGAAGAUUCUGUCGUCAGAUGGUUUUGCAUAGAUGUCUUGGGCGCCCCCAUUUUGAGCUGCAAAUCUAGACUUGCCAUAAUUCCCACCCGUCUCUGCUGUCAUCUGCUUGCAUAAUUCCAUCAGCAGCUUCAGCUCUGCAGCAACCCACAAAUCAGCCCAACCAAGGAGAAACGCUUACUACCAGACUAACUAUCAAUUGAGUUCACGAAUUCAAGAAAUGGGGAACUGCUGCCAUCCUUACUUUCUUGUAUCUGAUGAGCUCCUUUGCAGCUCCUAAAAUCAGCCGUCCGAAUAACCUUCAAGUAAAUGGGGACGAAUAUCUUUGAUCACGGCCCGAAUCUUGAAGUAGCUUCCGCCAUCACUCUCAGGUCCCCUUUUCCUGCUGAAAGUCGGCGGCGGCGGCGGGCCUGCUGUUUGAGGUGGAGUUUGUUGAUGACGGUGAGGAAGAAUAGGCGGCGGUGGAGCGGUCAUUGACUGCGGCGGAGGAGGAGGAGGAACGGCGGCGUGAAAUGGGAUUGGAGUUGGGGCGGUGACACCGAAAUUCGGGAUUCGGGGUGCGGUUUCCUGAUCUGCUGAUGUUCCUUCCAUGGAUUUAGAUUUUCAAACGGUGAUUGAUUGUCCUCUCUCUCUCUCUCUCUCUCUUUGCUUUUCG